CAAAUAAUGUAGUCUGGUCAGUAAAAUAAACAGCAUCACUUCAUUUGGGGAACAAACUCUAUCUGCUCAGACUCUCAUCCGUGCUCUCUCAAUUAGGGUUUCAUUUACCCCAAUUUCAAACCCUAUCCACCGGAUCUGGUCUGGGCAUUUGAGUUUUGGUGCAAAGAGUUACCUUCUGUUGUUAAGUUCAUCAGUCAAGUUUCAUGUCUGACCUCGAUAUCCAGAUUCCUAAUGCUUUUGAUCCCUUUGCUGAGGCCACUGCUGAGGACUCUAGUGCUGGGUCGAAAGAGUACGUGCAUAUUCGCGUACAACAGCGAAAUGGCAGGAAAAGCUUGACAACUGUGCAGGGCUUGAAGAAAGAAUUCAGUUAUAAUAAGAUUCUUAAGGAUCUCAAGAAGGAGUUUUGCUGCAACGGUACUGUUGUCCAGGAUCCUGAGCUAGGCCAGGUUAUUCAGCUUCAAGGCGAUCAGCGAAAAAACGCUUCUACUUUCUUGAUUCAGGCAGGUAUUGUGAAGAAGGAGCACAUCAAAAUUCAUGGUUUCUGAGCUGCAGAGGAGUCUAUCAGAAGUGCAGUUUAUGUUCACCAUAUUAUGAUAUAAGUGCUUGUAGUUUGUACACUUGAAUUAUAUAUAUCGUCAUUUGUUAUAAGUAUUUUAAUAGGCAGUGUGCUGCAACGCAACUGCUCUUGGAAGUGUUGUGUGGGAUGGUGAUGAAAUGUUUCUUAGUCUUUGGUGUUAUGUUAUUAAUAAUUGCCAACUGAUGGUUAAAAAGUGUUUCUUUUGUUA